GUGUGUUCCAAAUAUAUUUUUGUGUGGACUCUUGUUUCCCUUUAGGGCGAGAGUCUUCUCAAAAUUUUUGUGUUGCUGUAUAAUUCCCACAGAUGGACAUUUGUAGUAGAAAGUUAGGAAAAUUUUAUAAUGAUAGAUUUGCACAGUCUAAGGGAUACAUGGUUUUUGUUUGGGGGUAGAUGAUAACACCUAGUAAAUACCACCUGCUUCUUCCAUCCAGGACCCAAACUGGCUAUGAAGUGUGUUACUUUUAGGAUUCAUAGUAUUUGAAGAUUGAAUUUGGUGCACUUAUUAUGAAUAAUUAGUGUUUUUUUCCCUCUCUUUUAAGGUGCUUUAGGAUCUUGGUGCCUGUUCCAAUCUGAGACUACCACAAUAAGACAAGAAAGGGCAAUGUCAUGGGUUGGUACAGUAGGCUUCACUAGACUUAGCUGCAACUCAGAAUUUCUCCUCCAGCACCUGAGUAAAUGCUGAUGGUCUUGUGGAGAGUGGAUUAAGAGUACGAGCUAAGUUCUCAAUCCCAAUUAAGAAGCGGAGGAAAAUUUAAACUGUCUCCUUCAAAGUUUAUCACAACCACCACCAUCAAGACAGCAAACCAAAGGACAAAGACUUUGACCUGCUGUAUUGCUCUGUGUAGUCCAGUUCACGUAUGGUUUACAGACUUGACUGGGGUUACUAAUGAGUAAAUAAAAAGUCGGACACUUCUGUCAUUGGACACUUUUAUUCACAAAGUUACCAAAAUGAGGGCUGUACUGGAGACAGCAGACAUUGCCAUAGUGGCCCUGUAUUUUAUCCUGGUCAUGUGCAUUGGUUUUUUUGCCAUGUGGAAAUCUAAUAGAAGCACCGUGAGUGGAUACUUCCUGGCGGGGCGCUCUAUGACCUGGGUAGCGAUUGGUGCCUCUCUGUUUGUGAGCAAUAUUGGGAGUGAGCACUUCAUUGGGCUGGCAGGAUCUGGAGCUGCAAGUGGAUUUGCAGUGGGCGCAUGGGAAUUCAAUGCCUUACUGCUUUUGCAACUUCUGGGAUGGGUUUUCAUCCCGAUUUACAUCCGGUCAGGGGUAUAUACCAUGCCUGAAUACUUGUCCAAGCGAUUUGGUGGCCAUAGGAUUCAGGUCUAUUUUGCAGCCCUGUCUCUGAUUCUCUAUAUCUUCACCAAGCUCUCAGUGGAUCUGUAUUCGGGUGCCCUCUUUAUCCAGGAGUCUUUGGGUUGGAACCUUUAUGUGUCUGUCAUCCUGCUCAUUGGCAUGACUGCUUUGCUGACUGUCACCGGAGGCCUUGUUGCAGUGAUCUACACAGACACUCUACAGGCUCUGCUCAUGAUCGUUGGGGCACUCACACUUAUGAUUAUUAGCAUGAUGGAGAUUGGUGGGUUUGAGGAAGUUAAGAGAAGGUACAUGUUGGCCUCACCCAAUGUCACUUCCAUCUUGUUGACAUACAACCUUUCCAACACAAAUUCUUGUAAUGUCCACCCUAAGAAAGAUGCACUGAAAAUGUUGCGGAAUCCAACAGAUGAAGAUGUUCCUUGGCCUGGAUUCAUUCUUGGGCAGACCCCAGCUUCAGUAUGGUACUGGUGUGCUGACCAAGUCAUCGUGCAGAGGGUCCUAGCGGCUAAAAACAUUGCUCAUGCCAGAGGCUCUACUCUUAUGGCUGGCUUCUUGAAGCUUCUGCCAAUGUUUAUCAUAGUUGUCCCAGGAAUGAUUUCCAGGAUACUGUUCGCUGAUGAUAUAGCUUGCAUCAACCCAGAGCACUGCAUGCAAGUAUGUGGAAGCAGAGCUGGGUGCUCUAAUAUUGCUUACCCACGUCUGGUGAUGAAGCUGGUUCCUGUGGGCCUCCGGGGAUUAAUGAUGGCGGUGAUGAUUGCAGCUCUGAUGAGUGACUUGGACUCUAUCUUUAACAGCGCCAGUACCAUAUUCACCCUCGAUGUGUACAAACUCAUCCGUAAGAGUGCAAGCUCCCGGGAACUAAUGAUUGUGGGGAGGAUAUUUGUGGCUUUUAUGGUGGUGAUCAGCAUUGCAUGGGUGCCAAUCAUCGUGGAGAUGCAAGGAGGCCAGAUGUACCUUUACAUUCAGGAGGUAGCAGAUUACCUGACUCCCCCAGUUGCUGCCCUGUUCCUUCUGGCAAUUUUCUGGAAGCGCUGCAAUGAACAAGGGGCUUUCUAUGGUGGAAUGGCUGGCUUUGUUCUUGGAGCAGUCCGUUUGACACUGGCCUUUGCCUACCGUGCCCCAGAAUGUGACCAACCUGAUAACAGGCCAGGCUUCAUCAAAGACAUCCAUUACAUGUAUGUGGCCACAGCAUUGUUUUGGGUCACAGGACUCAUUACUGUAAUUGUUAGCCUUCUCACGCCACCUCCCACAAAGGAGCAGAUUCGUACCACUACCUUUUGGUCUAAGAAGAGCCUGGUGGUGAAAGAGAGCUGCUCCCUGAAAGAUGAACCAUACAAAAUGCAAGAAAAGAGCAUUCUGAGAUGCAAUGAGAAUAGUGAGGCCAUCAACCACAUCAUUCCCAAUGGGAAAUCUGAAGAUAGCAUCAAGGGCCUUCAGCCUGAAGAUGUUAAUCUGUUGGUGACCUGCAGAGAGGAGGGUAACCCAGUGGCUUCUUUAGGUCAUUCAGAGGCCGAAACACCAGUAGAUGCUUAUUCCAAUGGGCAAGCGGCUCUCAUGGGUGAGAAAGAGAGAAAGAAAGAAACAGAGGAUGGAGGCCGGUACUGGAAGUUCAUAGAUUGGUUCUGUGGCUUUAAAAGUAAGAGCCUCAGCAAGAGAAGUCUCAGAGACCUGAUGGAGGAGGAGGCUGUUUGUUUACAAAUGUUGGAAGAACCUCCAAAAGUUAAACUAAUACUAAAUAUUGGACUUUUUGCUGUGUGUUCACUUGGAAUUUUCAUGUUUGUUUAUUUCUCCUUAUGAACUUUUAAGGAUAUGAUGAGACACUAACUUAAAAAAAUACUGGUCUUUGAAAAAAAACUUAAUGUAACUGUCGCAUCUCUCAGGCAUUGUUUACGCUGUAGGUUUUAGCUGAAUUUUACUUAGCAGAAAAUCAUCUAUUUGCAAGACUUUAUUUUCCCAGAGAUGGAUGAAAGUAAAAUUUUCAACCUAAAUGAAGUAAAACUUGUUUGUCAGACUGAAUUGUGCAAAUGUGGUGUAAAAAUUUCCAUACCAAAGUAAGGAGAGACCAAUUAUUCUCAUAGAAUACCCAGAGCAGAAUAUAUGCUGAUAUCAUAAAUAGGGUAUACUGUCUGCACUGCCAAAUCUUGGUAAACUUUCUUAUUCUGAAGUAGAAUCCUUGCUCAUGUCAAAGUUUUUUCUCUGUCUCUGAAAUCCCUCCAACUAUUUUAAAAAACUGAAUUUGUAGACAUUGUAAUCAGUUAUGUACUGAAAAUCUAAUGUGCUUGUGGGGUACUUGCUUCAGGGCAAGUUAGUUUGCCAAGUUUGUUAGCAUGAGCCUAUGGAUUCUGAUUGUCAAAGAAAGGAAGAAUGUUUAUCUGUAGCUAUUCUUGUACCACCAAUAUAUGCAAUGUUGGGAAAAAAUUUCGGUUCCUUUUUUCUUCCUCUUUUGACUGAAGUUUAGAUGAACCAUAGUUAAAUGACCACCAAGUCUGUCUUUUUAAAGUUAUGUCAUGAUUGUAUCGUUAAGUGAUUAUGGGGGAGAAAAUGAAGUAAACAUUGCUGAUGAUCCCCAAAUGCAUUGACCAAAUUAAAGUGUUCAUAUAAUUUGGGAAUUAGCAGUCCUGAAACAGUGUUUGAUUGACUUAUGCCAAACAGGUGAUUACUCAUACUCCUCUAAUUAUCUAGCUUUGUUCUUGUCAUUUGAUAGUAUUAUUAUCCAGAUGCCUUCCCAAGUGGAUCCAGUUGGAAGAUAGGUCUAGAAAUUUGAAGAAAAAUUGACACUGCUUUUGUGCUGGGUUGCCCUACUUCAUUUGGUCAUAUAUUGAGGUCGACUUUUUAGAGGGAAAUUUUAAUUCUGAGAUCAUGUUCUAUCCUUGAUAAGUCUUUUUUCUGAUUUACUAUUUCAAAAAAUUUGCCAUCUGUACACAGCCUCUACAUUUUUGUUUAAAGAGUUACAAUAACUUAGAGCAUGUGGAUGUUUCAAUGCACACUGGCCAUCAGUAACAGAAGACUUGGUGUAUGCUUUGCCAUUGGAAUAAUCUUGCUGAGAAUGGAUAGCAUGUUCAGGAGGUGCUAUGAACAAGAACUUUCAGGUUUAGUAGUGUGUCUUGUGGAGGAUAUUAUAUGAUUUGUGUAAUUAUAGGACCCUUUAUCUUGACAGGGCUUGGCACCCAGUUGCAGCCUUAAUAGAUGGGAAUCUAUUUUUCACAUUCUGAUCACCCUUCAUGAGGACAGGGUACAAAAGAUGUUAGAGAAAACGUCUACAAAUUAUGUAGUUCUGUGUCUAUACACUCAACACUGUCCUUUAUCCUCCAUGAUAGAUGAAGGAGACUAGUUGUGUAUCUACUUUCUUUGAUUUUUCUGUAGUAUCUGAUACUUUUUAAAUUGCAUGAUUUUAUUAAGCUUGUAUUCGUUAGGGAAAAGUAUUACUUUUUUAGAUACUUUUGUAGAUUUUGAAUCAAAACUCAGUCCUGAUGACUUUAAAUUUUUUUGUAGUCUGUAAACUAGUUUCAUUGUGAUGGACUUGAUUAGUCCAAAGUUGAUUUUUAGAAAUUAUUGUGUAGUAUAAUGUCUUCCCAUCUCCAGACUGCUUUCUGAUGGACUGGGUCUGUAGAUAAAAAAAUAAUUCAUGUAUGAAUAGCAUGAUUUCUGAAAGUUAAGAGUGCCUUGUAGAUUUUUUGUUUCUCAAUUUCAUUCUUAAGAUUUAUAAGCUAGGGGCCAAAUAAAUUGGGACCAUCCUCUUCUUGUAUGGAGGUUGAGGCUGUAUCAUGUGCAAGGUUAGAAAAUCACUUGGAAGAAUAGAAACCAAGUGUCCAAAUCUGGACUCAUGGUUGUCCUUUUCUCAAAGGAACUGUUCUUCCUUUGAGACAACUUUUUGGCAUUUAGGGAAAUAAUAGGAUCUUAGAUCUUUCAAAUUGGCAUUUAAUUGUAGAAAUUAAGAUUUUUUUUGACUCUGAACACAUUGCUGUGUAAGUCAGCAGUGAGGAUUGACGUAUUGGUUGGGCAGCCUUCCUACCCUUUCCAUUUACAGCACAAAUGACUAGGUGGUGUUUAUGUGGAUUUCUCCUCCCUUUAUUUAAUGUUGAGUCCUAAUAGUUUAGAGUAUUAGGGUCUCUCUACCCUCUCUCUGCUGUUGUCUUAGUGUGCGCCAUACAUAAAAUACAUCAUUUUGUAUCUACUUGUGUGUAUACAGAUCAGGUCAAGUUUAGAGUACAAAUGUAUGUAAAUAAGGAAUGACUAUUAGCAUAUCCAUUAGGACUGUUUAUUCUUGCCCGUAUAAACAUCACUUUAUUUAGACUGAAGUCCCUGAAGCUUGCCCUUUUUAUUGCUUCCCAGUAAUAGAUAAUGUGCUUGAAUAAGUAUGUAAAUUGCUGAUUGCAACUUCAUUUCAAGGACUGUUCUUCAGUCUGUAUUUCAUUAGAAUGAUUGUUCAUGGAAUGAUACUUGGUUCGUCUUAAGCUAGCAAAAUGUUUGUACUUUACACUAAAUGGGUCCUAAAUGAUGCUGAUCUCUGUUAUUCACAUGUAUAUAUUUUUAUAUUGGCUCAAGCCAAGGCUCAGAAUUGACCAAGAGUGAUACUGACUAAAACAGCUAACGGUCAAAAUAAAGUGAGGACACUGUCCUUUCAAAGGUGGGAAAAAAUACUGUCUUACCUUCUGUUAAUGGUAUCCCCAAUUCUUAAGAGUUUUGUCCUCUCAAGUAUUCUUAGUCUCAAGAUCUGAUGAGAAGAGCUUAUUCCUCUGGUAUGUGGAAUGACUAUUGGCUCUUUUGUAGGACCUCUAAUUUCCCAAGAAUAUUUUGUCCUGCCACCCCAAGAUAGUAGAAAUGGCUUUUGAAACAGCUGAGCCAGUCUUUUCCCCAACCAUUCUUUCCUGGUGAGGUUAUCACACUUUUCUUUAGUUUAAAGAAGAUCAAGCAAUGGCAUAGGUACUGUGUCCUUUGGCCUAAAUUCAGCAGAUCUGGUCUACCAAGGCUUCUUUUUCACUUGGCUCAAAGGAUCCACGGUCUCAUUUUCAUGAAGAGACUGGCCAGGGUCACAUAGCUUAGUAUUAAGGGAUGAUAUCUCAGGUAAUUAGCAGGGCCCCAUCUAUCUGUGAAACUUCAUGUUUAAAGAACUGAGUUAGGAAGGUUGUUUACUCAGUUACCUAACCUGAGGCUAAGGGUAGGGUAGGAGGGCUGAAAAGUUUUGUCCAAGGUGAUUGGUCUUUAAGUCUUCAUAUUUCUCAGUCCCUUUCUUCCCAAAUACUGGGUUAUGGUUCUUCCCUCUUCUCUUUGACUAUCAUUUAAUAUAUAGCCUAUGGCUUUGUCUUAUUCUUUAUCACCCUAGCUGGCUAUAUCUUAUUAGCUAUUUAAAUGUUAGACCUGUCAGUGUUCCCACUUGUCAGUAUUGAGCUUACUUGCUUUCCCUUAUACUUUACUUCCUUGUAUCAUUUUCAUCUGUGAUAUGAUGGCUGGAAGGACCACAUGGGUAUCUAGUAGUGAUAUCUCACCAUUCCCCAGGUUUCAGUUGAGAGACAUAUAAAGACUAUUCCUGUUGAAUUACAUGAUUGCAGAGACUUGCCAGGACAAAAUUUUCCUAAGAGGUCAGAAAAACUAUUAAGUGAGAUGCUGGUAAGUACCUGGAUGAUAGAGACUUGACAAGUUGGUAAAGAACAAACAUUAGCUUAAAGGACAUAGACUUACUCAUUGAAUGCUAGAACUUGAAGCACCUUGACUACCAGUUUAAACCUCUCCCCAUAUAGAAUAGGUACCAGUGAAUAAGAUUCAGCCUGUGAAACCUGGUUUGAUGUUAAAUAUUAUGAAGUAUGAGUUUAUUAACAUAUUUGAGGUUAAAAUGAUGUUUGAUAGUGGUACUUUGGUAGAAAAAAAAUGCUUUUAGGCUUCAGUAUUCAUAAGGUUUCUCAUUAGCCAGGUGUUAAAUUGCUUAAGUCAUUUCAAUUUUGACAUUAGCCUGAGCAGACUUUACAAAUAGGGUAUGUUCCUAUUUGUAUGUGUACAUACCCACCAUUCAGAGAGACUGGUCUUUCUCUUCUACCUCCCUCAUAUUUCUUUAAUUUUUCACCUAUUCUUUCUUUCAACACUUAACAAAUUAUUGUUUUGAUCUUUUGUCAGCUUAAUUCACUUUCAGGCUUACUGCCAUCGUGUGCAAGAGUGCAACUUUGCCCCAGUUUUGAAGACUUGGAUCCAAAUAAUGAUUCAUUAAAUAUAGUUUUGUUCAAAUAUACUAAAUUUCUGUUAGCUUAAACUGUACUCAAGAAUGGUUUUCUCAGACUUUGUGAUCACUAAUAAUAAAAGUUCUAAUAAUUCAGUAUUUUAUUCUCAAAACAUUUUUCAAGAAUUAAGCAGCAAUAGUUAAAAUUCAUCCCAAUCCCUUUGAAAUGAUGGCAUGACAAUGCAGAGAGGAAUGGUGUUUGUUUUGAUGCCAAAAACCCUUGUUUUUGCAGUAAUUUAGGGUAAAAAGCUGGAACUAGUCAGGUGGCAUAUAGAGAAACCCCUUUUGUACUAGACAGGUGUGAAGCUGGAUUAUAUAAAAAGUAAUGUUUUGAUUAUCAGACUUGGUUAGACUCAGUUGACUUAACUGAGAGCUGCACAUCCCUUUUCCUCCACUAAGGACACUUCUCUUAAUUUGGUAUGCUUUUCGUCAGUUCUCCGCUCUUUUGGAAGAUUAGGUAUUCAUCUGACUCCUGGAACAGAAUUCAGCUAAGGUUCAAAAUAAUUAAUAGGCUUUGCCAGCACUGAGUCUCAUACCAUUAUUCACAUAGUCAUAUAAAUGUUUUUAUUUAUAAAGAAAAACUUCUUUCUCCAGUGCUGGGAAUAAGGCUUUAACCUACUGAUUCGCCUUUAAAGGAAUGUUAUGAGAAUUGAUAAAAUGUAUGUUUCUGUUUCCAUCUCAAGUCCUUUAUAAAAGAUAGGAGUUAGUUUUUUUGUUUUGAGUUAAACACCCCAUUUAUCUGGUAACUAACAGCAUUAGCUAUUGGCAUACAAUCUUUUAUUCAGAAAUAAAAAAGAUUCGAUGUAUCUGUAUCCUUACUAAUCUCAUGUGCUUUACUUAAUCUGAGGCUGUUGACUUAAACCAAUAACCUUACUUUACUUAACAACUUUUAAGUUUGGUUUGGUUACCUGAACUCAUAUCACCUUCAAAGAGGGAUGUUAGAAUAAAUAAGCAACUGAGAGUAAGUCAAGACAAAGCACAGUGGUCUCUGAUUCUCCUUAGUGUAGGAGCAGUGGUUUUGCUCCCCUCAGGAAAGCACUAUACAGUAAUUAUUGCCCAUUAUAAUGAAGCCCCCCACCCAACCAAACCCUUCUUACCCCACCCCAGUUCAAGACAGUUUAUAGUCAGUGAACUCUAUCAGUGAGGGAAAUAACAUAUUUCAUUGAUUUCAGCAACAGCACAAGUUGACAGUAGAUAACCACAACCUCAUUGGAGACACACGUAUCUUGGUAAAUUCACUUUGUACCUAGAGUUGCUGGAUAAAGGAAUGUUUACAUUCUUUUUAUUGCCUCUGGACAAACCAGUCUAGAAAAGUUUUCAGUAUAUCAUUGUAGUCUCAACUUCUGUAAGUGGAAUGUUCCUUAAUAACUCAAUUUCUUGUUAAUAAUUGUUGGAAAUUGAAAUUAAGCUCAUUGCUAUUACUGAAAUCCCAAAUUGGCAAAGACCAAUAUAUAGGGUAUUUAAUAAUACAGUCAGUUUCUGAAAUUUAUGUGUUUUGAUUAGUGCCUUCUGGUUACCAGUAUUGACUCUGCUAGUUAAUAUGUUUCCCUUUCUAGAUAGAAAAUUCUUGUUACAAUUCCUCUUUUUAAAUUUUGUUAUAACUAAUGAAAAUAAAAAAAUAGAUUUAUAUUUGCAUACUUUAUAUGCAGUAUUUAUUUAGGUUCAAGGAAACCAGGUAGCUCCAAUUUAUGUAGAUGAAAUAUUAAUUCAUCUGUAUUUCUUUUAUAUCCUUAAUUAAAAAAUAUAAGAUUACUUAUUAAUUCUGUGAGUAUAUUUUAACAUUUUCCAGUGUAGGUUUGAUAGGCAUAUUUGAGAACAUAUAGGUAACAUGAGUUUCACAUUCCAUGAUAGGGAAAAAGCUUAAAGGUCCAUAGAAAGCACAAAAUUAUGUUCACACAUGUCUGUAUUUCCACAUGUAGAAAGCACAAGAGUAUCAGUAUUCUCAUUAUCCCACAAGUGCCAGUCAUAAAACCCACCAGGUGUUUUGUCUUGGGAGUUGUUAGGAUGAUGUCCACAGUAUUGAAAGCCCAAGACAAUGAGGUAUCUAAGUUAUGGGUCCUAAAUGAUGUGUGAUUCAAUGGAAUCUGAGUAAGUUUGUUCUACUUUGGUGUAGGGAGAGAAUACACAUGUCAAGAAUGCAGUUUUAUUUGGUGUUUACUAGCGCAAAGGAGGUCUGUGAGCUCUGUCCUUCAGUCUGGAACUAAGGAAACAAGGACAGACUUGGAAGGUUUUAGUGAAUGAACAGUUGGACAAACAUAAGCUGUAGAGCCAUUGGAGUACUUGGUUUUUUAUCUUAAAUCUUAGGAAAUUUUACCUUCCAACAAAAGUACCUGAAAAUAUGGAAGCAUUUCACAUUUAACAGGGCAAAUAAUACUUGACUCUCAUCUUUGUGCAGUUUUGUAUGUAAGAGAUGAGGUCAUCUUUACUUUUUCGUAUGCCUGACUGCACUUCAUUUUAAUAGAGCAGAAUUUGAUCCAAGCGUUCUGAGCAUCAAACUAAUUCUGAGACAGAUCUGCCAAAUGAACAGCUUUGCUUUUUGUAAUACUUGUGAAGAGUCUAAACGAUUCUUUUCCCUGUCCUGUUACCUGCUUCAAGACUAGAUGAGAUGAAAUCUGUGAAUGUGCAAAAGUAGAAAAUAAUGUAUUUGGCAUUGCCCUUGUCUUACCCCCUCACUUUCUUCACUUGAAUAGACCUUGUUUGUCAAGAAUGAAUAUAUUUUUGUCUUGGAUUUUGCCUAUAUGUCAAAGGAUAUUAAUGCAGAAUGGGAGAGAAGUACUACCUUUAUUCCCAUCUCCUCAUUUUUUUAUUUA